AUGUCCUUACUUCAGCACACCGGUCCAUCAACGCGUUACACCGAACUAGCAGAGUUACCCCUUCCUGUGUUUGCUCAUUUUGUUGGCGGCGAUGUUGCACGCGUCACUUAUGCUGUUCGCGAUCACGAGCGCAACAUCAUACGGUCCCUCACCAAGACUAUCUCCGGGGGCAUCACUUCUGACCAUCAUAUAACCUCCCACGAUUCCCUUGAAGUUAAGGCGUUUACAACGUCUCCUUCAAAGUCUCGUCAGGCAAUCCUCCGAGAGGUUGCGAAUGGCACAAGUACGAAACGAUUUGUCGAAAUCUGGGCCGGCACCCAGAUAGAGGCUUCCUUAGAUGUUACCAAGUACCACGAUGCUUUCCAUACAGAUGAAUUCACAUCGUCGCUCUCCUUCUCCCCAUCGGAAACAUCCCUUCUAUACACCGCCGAAGCCAACGUGAACAGCGAUGACGAUCCUUCAGAUGAUCCGUACCCCAAAUUCAGAUACACCCCACACUUUGGUGAACAAUCUCGCUCCAAGAAAAGAUCCACCAUUUUUCUAUUUCGCUGGACGAGGUCCACGGCUUUCACCAAGGCCGCUAAGCAAAACAUGUUACUCUUUGCCCUUUCAUUGGCACAGCCUACCCAAGUACCCGUCCUAUUCGGCCAAGCUACUUUCGCGACGGAAGAUGUCAUCUAUGCCAGUGGACACGAACACACCAAAGAUGGCCGACUACUGGGGGUCAGGUGGUGUUUCAAUCGUCCCAUGGGCAUAUGGGAGAUCAAACUUCCCGAGUUAGCAACCGUGCAAGGGACACCUUUUGGCACUAAAAUCCCUUGCAACUCAUUGAAGCUGACUCCACCAGAACGGUCUUGCCGUUCACCUCGUGUGUUAUAUGGUAACAAUCAGACGCCCAUUAAACUCUUCUGGUUCUCAAAUCCCGUCGGCGGUCCUCAUGCAUCUUGUGUUUCUCUGGAAUCUCGCGACCUAACCACAGGUACCAACAAGGGCUAUAUCCCGAGUAUAACAUGUCCUCCAGCCCGUUUUUUGCGUCGUGGAGACCGUAUCUACAUUGUGCUCCAAUCCAUAUGGCGCUCUCGCACGACCAUCCUCUUCAUUGAUACAGAAUCAGGAGCAAUUACAGACGAGACAAAAAUACACAAUGAUGAACCUUUGUAUAGCUGGAACUUCUAUGCUACAGACGACAAGACCCGCUUCAUCUGUUCAAGGAGCACGCCUACUACCCCAUCCGAGGUAUUGCUAGGAUACUUUGAUCAACACGACAACCUCAAUUGGAAAGUCCUAGAUAAGCCAACGAUAUCUUCCGCAACUGAAAAAGCGCUCAGCGAUCUCACUGCGUCAGUCAUACCCAUCGGUGCACGUCCUCCAACAGAGACUCUUGUUAUUCAGUCCAAGAAAGCUUCCACAACACCUGGCCCGAAACCCAUCUGUGUUACCAUUCCACACGGAGGACCCCAUGCAUCAUCGACAACAGCAUUCUCCCCAGCUACUGCUGCACUGGCCCUAGAAGGAUAUACCAUCUCCCUUCCCAACUAUACCGGCUCCAUGGGAUUCGGCGAGAAAUACAUCCAAAAACUCCUCGGGCACUGCGGAACAAUGGACGUACAAGACGUCUUAGAGAGCGUCAACGAGCUCAUCCGACUUGGUAUCUCAGAGCACGGACGGCAAGUCGUCCAUGGUGGAAGUCACGGCGGUUUCCUCUCCGCGCACCUGAUCGGCCAAUACCCAACCCUAUUCAACGCAGCAGUUAUGCGCAACCCCAUGGUCAGCGCAGGCGAAAUGGCAGCAUCUGACAUUCCUGACUGGGCCUACGCUGAAUUUGGGCUCCAGUUUACAUCAGACUCACUGAUGACGCCCGCUACGUUCAAAACACUAUUUGAAGCGUCGCCUGUUGUGCACGUGGAUGAUGUGCGCGCGCCUGUGUUGUUGUUGAUUGGAGAAGACGAUUUGCGUGCUGUACCGGCGCAGGGGUUGAGGUUUUAUCAUGCACUUAAGGGGAGGGAGAGGAGUGUGGAGAUGUUGUGGUUUAAGGGGGAGUCUCAUUCACUUGAUGGGGUGGAGGUGGCGAGGGUUUCGUGGGAGGCUGGAAGAGAUUGGUUCAAGAAGCUGGGGGAAAACCUAGUUGGGUGA